CACGGUUAUUAUCACUAUCUGUCGUAGAACAUAUGAGAAAGUCCUACAUUCGUAAAAAGUGAUUAUCAACACUUUGAAGUGCGACAAUUCUUAAGUGAUGACUGACACCAAGAUGAGUAGUAGCACAAACAGCCCUCUCCACCGCUUCUCUGGCUCCUAUGACAGUUUCUACACAGAUGCUGCUACUGCUGCUGCAGCCAUCAAUCAAGAUGAUAUUAAUGGCAGGAUGAAAGUUCCUAAGAGAAUCAGGCUAACAGGAGAACAUGACGACUCUCCAUCAGUUAACUGGGAAAAUUACAACAAAGCCAUACCAGAGAAGCUGGCCAUGAGUGUGCCUGAAAGAAUCAUGGUUGCAGGAGGAGAGAAUCAUAUUGGAUCACGAGGGGUCCCAAGAGAAUUUGAAAUAGAGGACAGUAUAUUGCCCCGCCCUCCUGACCCCACCCUGUACAGAGUGAACACCCCGCCCCGCACCAUCACCCUUAACAACUACACACCUGACCAGGAAGAGGAGACAACCUCUUCACCUCAGUCUGGCAGUGGCCGUCACUAUGCACACACGUACCCGUCGCUGGUGCCAGGUCCCUCCAGCCAGCCUAACCACCACUUCACCUCGCCGCGGUACCAACAAACCAGAGGCUUACAAGAGGACAGUCCCAUCAAGAACAGUGGCGCUGCAGGCAUUGGGCCGCUGAGCUCGAGCAGCGCGUCGCCCGUCAGCGGCGUCCACGAAGAGCUCAGUCCUGCAGAGGAGCUGCAGCUGCUGCGUCGUCAGGUGGGGCGGCUCAACAGACGCCUGAUGGCCGUGGAGUUGGACGCGCAGCAGCGCAGCCAGCGGGAAGUUAUCCUGUACACCCUGGGCCUGUGCUACUGUCUCGUGCGCUCGGUGCUGUGGCUCAACUCGAAAUAAACAACGUACUCGCCGCCAUCUAUCUAGAGGAAUCUUCUCUUAUGCUGCCUUGUGAACAAGGGAUGUGGACCAUGAAAAUACUAUUCUUUGUUCUUCCUGGUUGUAUGGAAGUAAUUGUCCUUGUUUCGAGUCAAAUCGUUACUUUUUAUCUGCUUUGCCUUCAGCUAAAUAUAGUAGUCUUUUGAACAAAUAAAAUUGUCAUGUGUUUGCAUAGAAAUUUUUGCACGCUUCUGUUUGAAGUACCUACUUUUAAACGAAGUCUAUUAAUACUUGGGUGAUGGUGUUCUUAGAAAUUUUUAAGUUCCAACCCACGUCUCGAAAUUACACUUUAAUACUCGCAUUUAUUUGAUGUUGUACGAAAAAAAAAUUGUAAGGAUCUUAUUUUGAAAUAAGGAAAUAAUCUCCAUAUACACUCGGAGAGACUUGCAUCCCGUUUCGAUGUUAUUAUCGUGAGAGUGGAACAGCACAACAUGAGGAUUAUGAAUUUAAUACUCUAGAAUUUGCAGGAAACGAUUAUUUGAGUCUUGGUUUUAUGAAGGAAUGCCGACGUCAUAUGCUCACAAGAGCAAUUCUAGAGAAAAGUUCCUUUUUUAUAGAAAAUGUAACUUGUUGUCAGACCCCAGUUCUUCCCUGGGUGUAAUGAAGAUUGUUCAUCAAUCAAAUAAAUAGCAAUAUAAAUAUGACUGGAGACGGCCAUUAGCUUUCUAACGAG